CACUAGCUUUAAAUUGUGACAGGUAGCCCCAGAGGGAAAGAAAAAGACAAGAGUGAAGAACGCAGGUGUCAUACCCUGAAGACCCCGGCGCCCUGUCCCCCACCCCACUCUCUCAAUGGCCAUCUCUUUAAGCACUCCUCCUCCCUUUCGCUUCCUCUCAGGCUCACCACCCCCAUUCCCCCUUUCUAAUUUAACCCCAAUUUCACCCUCACUCAACCAUAAUCGCCUCAGUUCUUCCAGGUUCAAUUUCCCUGCACCAACAACCAAGCUUCCCACCAUCAACUGCAAUUACACCGCUUUUGAAGUUAGAGAUGUUAGCUAUCAGCCUCCGGGGACUCAGCUUAAGCUACUGAAUUCAGUUAGUUUCUCACUUCCGGAGAAAAGUUUUGGUCUAAUUUUCGGACAAAGUGGAAGUGGGAAAACAACACUCUUGCAGCUUCUUGCAGGAAUAAGCAAACCGACCACUGGAUCCAUUUACAGCCAAAAGUAUGGAAAUGAUGGAAAUCCUAUCCAGCCUCCUGAGCCUUUGUCACCAGAAAGAGUUGGUAUUGUCUUCCAGUUUCCUGAGAGGUAUUUUUUAGCUGAAACUGUGCUUGAUGAAGUCACUUUUGGGUGGCCAAGGCAAAAGGGUAGCUAUCAAUUGAGAGAAAAUCUUGCUUUAGGGCUUCAAAGGGCAAUUAACUGGGUUGGAUUGAAUGGGAUAUCAUUGGACAAAAAUCCUCACUCCCUUAGCGGCGGUUACAAACGCCGCCUUGCUUUGGCAAUUCAAUUAGUGCAAAUCCCUGAUCUAUUGAUAUUGGAUGAGCCUCUUGCUGGACUUGAUUGGAAAGCACGUGCAGAUGUUGUGAAGCUUUUAAAGCAUCUAAAAAGGGAGUUGACUGUUCUUGUUGUCAGCCAUGACUUGAGAGAGUUUGCAAGUCUUGUAGAUCGAUCAUGGAAGAUGGAGAUGGGUGGCAACCUCAGAGAGGAGUUACUUCCAUUGUAGUUCAUACUCGCUGCCUUUUUAUUAGCACCGGAUUCUAUGAGUGCUCAUUGUUUGUAGUUGAAGUACUGCAACUAAGCCCAUCUUGCGGCGGGUUCCAGAUGGGCUCACAGUUUGGGGAAGACUUUGUUGACUUGGUGUCCGAAUUAACUCUUCUGCCUUUGUCUGGGUUUGUGGGGUCUCUGUUCUGAUAUUCAUGGCAGCAGUCAUGAGAAGCAUCCUUAAUCUUAUCUUUGUUGGGUUUAGCAAAAUCCUUUGCAGUUACAGUGUUCUCAGGAUAGACUUUUCUGUGAAACAUUCUUAGAACCUACAUAUCCAAAUGAAACAAUGAAAUUAUGAUAUGAUAGAUUGCUUUCAGCAUAUAUUGAAGACAUAUAUGUUGGAUUCAGAGGUUUGCAGAUUAUUUUGGUACCUGAAACUAUUCUGCCAGAUGCCAAAACUGUUCAACUUGGAAUGAUAUUUAACAUAUGACCUUCAGUGUUGUUAGAUACGUUGAGUCUGACCCAAAUCCCUUUGGCUAAUUUUCUUCAGUCUUGUUUUACGAAUUUUAAUUCUUUAAGUUGCUUUGAUUAUCUUCUACGGCAAGUUCUAUAGAUUCUCUAUGAAAGAA